AUGAAUUAUGGCUUAACUUAUGAGCAAGUAAGGGUCAUGGUUUAUGACUACGCAAGAAUUCUGCCAAGUUGCAAAUACCCAAAAAACUGGAAUACCCAUAAGAAAGCAGGAGUUGACUGGUUGUAUGGUUUUAUGAGGCGAAAUCGCACGUUGUCGUUACGAAAACCAGAGAGUACAAGUUUGGCAAGAGGAUUGGGUUUUAAUAGGAACCGAGUAAAUGAAUUUUUUAAUAAUUACAAGAACGUGUUAGAAAAACACAAAUUUACACCUGAACGAAUUUUUAACCUAGAUGAGACCGGUGUGAUUACGGUAUUGAACCCACCAAAGGUCAUAGCUACUAAAGGGAAAAAACAAAUUGGUCUUAUUGCUUCGGCCGAGAGAGGAGAAUUAGUAACUGUAGUAGGAAUUAUCAACGCAACAGGAACUGCACUUCCUCCUGUAUACAUUUUCCCGAGAGUGAGAAAUAUAGAAGAGUAUCUGGAACGUAGUCCUGCAUUAAGUGCCGCUUUUGGAAAUAAAUCAGGAUGGAUGGCCGGGGAAUUGUUUGUGAAGACACUAGAACAUUGUAAAACAUACAAAAUGCAGCAGAGAAAAUAA